UCGCAAAAAAUAAUGUGGAGACGAACGAAACUCGCCUAAAUAUCGCCAUUAUACUUUUCAGUAAUUCUCUAUUUUCUUCCUGAAUUUAUGCGAUGUUUAUAAUGCAAGAAUAAUAUUGAUAUUCUUUCGUAUUCUUAUAGAAUAUGCAUUGUGUCGAGUAGUCUCACAUUUAAAUGCAUCUACGACGACGAUUGAAUAUUGCAUAAAAAUUUAUAAAGAAUUAGUGAUUCGAGAGAAUGUGAAACAGUUAUAACUGAAUAAUAAAAUUUAACGCACAGCUGAGCUUUAAUUAAUAUUUUUUAACCGUUUCAUUGUAUCACAACGUUUUGUAAUAUUUGAUGAAGUCGUUAAAAUUAACCUAAUCUUCUCAGGCUUAAGUGAGUUAGUUAUGCAUUAUAUAGUAAAAUUCAAAUGGAUUCGAAGGUGAAACCGUGUAGGUCAUUACCACCUAUGGUCGAAGGCAAAAUUCACGGUUACUUAUGGCUGAUUAUAGACGAAGUUAUUUGGUAUAAAAAUAAUCCUGAAAAUAUCACAGUGUUGGCUUCUUGGUGGGGUGAACAGGAUAAUGCUAAAUUCAGACCUAUUGACAUUAGAACAAAUACAAUAAGGCCUAGUCAAGAUACAGCUCAAAUAUAUAGUAUCAGAACGAAUAGCAAUCUAUUUAAGGAAUAUAUUAAAAAUUGUGAAACUAUAGAAUUAGUUAUAAUUGAUGAAGAGGUAAAUCAAAUCAUAGGAACAUCUGAAGUCAAUGAAUUACUAGAUAUUUUUGAACAGAAACCUUUUUUUAAAUAUUUUUCAAUAUUAGAUAAAAAUAGAAGUCAAAUAGGAGAAGUGCAUGUUGGAAUAAAAUUUAAUUUAAAUGCAUCAAAAGCUACAACUAUGCAUUUGAAAGCACAUAAACUUCAAAAAAAACAAACUAAGAACAAGAUCUUGCUUUCUGAUCCUGAUGCAAAUUCACAAUGUAAAGAAUUAAGAAUUCAUGAUAUUUCAUUAAGCGAAAGAUUUGGUAAUACUAACGAAGAUGGAUUGAAUGCACCUGUUGAGAUAGAUUCAAAAGAUAUUUAUAGAUCUAUUUUAAAAACUAAAAGGGCCAAGUUCCAAGAACCUUUGCACAAUUGUAAUGCGGCAGUAACUGAUAAACUCGUUGCCCAAGUUGUUGCUAGAGCACAAAAACUUAGAGGAGCUAUAUUAAAAGAAACUUACAAUGAAGAUCCUCUGGCAUUAAGCGACACUGGUCUGAGUAAUAGUUUUCUUAAUGAUGUUCCUGUUGAAAAAGAAGCAAAAUUAUAUGAAUAUUUUUUAGGCAAAGAAAUGAGUGUUUCCGAUGAACGUAAAGCAUUAAAUACUUUAAGAUCAACAUCACCAACACCUAGUUUAAUUGAUUUAGCAUCAGAAGCUAUUACUUCUUCCCAAUCUAAUAAUGCACCAAUUACUGAUAACAAAACAUCUCUAAAUACAUCUAAUUCAAUGAUAAUAGAAUCAUUAACCAAGUGUUUAUCUCAGGAUAAACAAAAUGAAAUGUCUCCAUUGGAUCAUAUAGAUAGUAUACGAAUUUUUAUUGACUCAUUCAUAUUAAAUCCUGCAGGUUACCGUCGUGUAAAAUCAUCCUGUGUAUCUCGCAAUGAUAAUACACUAUUAUCUAUAACAUAUUUUGUACAAUAUAAUACUACUUUUAAACCCACUACACAAGUGAAUCAUAAACUAAUAAGAGAUGAUAAAUCAGUAAGAAUAUCUUCUAAACGUAAAUCAGGACAAGUAAUUCAUUUUGAUCAUGAAAGGAUAUAUAACAUACCUAAAUUUAAUAUACAUCAAGAUUUUCCAUUAUGUUUCAAAAUUCUGUCACGACAUCUUAAUCAGAAAUCACCAACUGAAUUAGGUUCGGGUAUGAUGUAUAUUAGUGACAUUGUAAAAACAGAAAAUUUGAGUUUGUCACAGAGAUUAGCUGUGAUUAACAAAGGUAUUAAAAUAGGAGAGUUAAAAGUUACUACAGAAUUAGGAUGUGAUUCAGUCCACUUUGGAAAACAAUACAUUGAAGCUGUAAUGUCUGGAAAGGAAAAUAUUCCUGUAUUAAAUGUGAGAUCUUUAUUAAAUACAAAUAUUGAUAGAUGCAAAACUGCAACAGGAACACAGUCCAAAACAAGUAAUAGUGUUUCAUCUUCUUCAACAAAAAGAAUAGAAUGUUUACACAUGGAUAAUACCAAUAAUAUGAUUACUAGAAAAGAUGCAUCAGAACAUACAAACCAAAAUAUUGAUGAUAGAAAAGUGGAUAUAGCAGAGCCAGAUAAUAAGAAUCAUAAUAAUAUUUUACUUCAUGGACUAAUAUACAUAGCAGAAGGUAAAGAUUUAUUGGAAUUAAAUACAUUCUUAAUAUGUAGAGCAUUUUGGUUGCAAGACAAAGGUACAAGUCAAUUAUGCAGUAACACACGAAACCCGUAUUAUCAUUUUUGCCAAUUAGUACCUUUAAUUUAUGGCAAUGCAUUACUAGAACGAAUUAAAGAUAAUUAUAUAAUUGUGGAAGUAUACUAUAAAAAUUCUGUAGGAAUGAAUAAUCUAUUGGGAAUCGCAAAAUUACCUGUACAUCAAUUAUACAUUGCUUAUAGGGAUCCAAUUGUAUUACCACAUUUAUUAUCAUCUAAAUAUCCUAUAAUAAGUGUAGAUGAAUGGGUAUCAAUCAAUAAUCCAGUUACUAGUCAAUCAUGUGGACAACUACUUGCAUUAGUUGCUCUUGGAACUGCUGAACAAAUAGCACUUUUAGAAAUGUCACGAGGUCUUAGAUGUCAAACUGUAGUACCGCAAGCAAUACGUGAUUAUUCAUAUAAUUAUAAUGAUCACAGAAAACAAACAGAUAACACAAGUGAAAUAAUGAGAACUGCUGAUCUUAAUAUGCAAUUAAAUAGUGAAAUAUCUCAGUAUAAAGAUAAUUAUAUGCAUCGUAUAGAUGAUGUUGGAAAUAAUUCUAACACAAUUAAUUUUAAAACUCAAGAAAGUCAAACAGAUAUUUCAAUUCUUAAAGAAUCAAAGUCUGCAUCUAGUAACUUACCUCAGGAUGGUGUUUUAAAUUCAGAGCGAUUAGUUUUACAUACGUUAGUAGACCGAUUAGCACAUGCAUUAAAUGUUACGAAAACUAUGAAUCAAGCAGCUCAAACUGAACAAGAAAUGGAUAGAAAAAAACAGACAGAUAUUGAAGAGCAGUCAUGCAUAAACUCUUUACGUUGUAACAGUAUAUCAGAUGAUAGUAAUAGUGACAGUCCUGGGAACAAUCUUUAUUUACCUACUGAAAUGUACAGAAGUGUCGGUGUCGGAGCCGAAUUCGAUGAACCAAUAAAACAAGGACCAAGUGGUACUUACAAUAACACUUAUUACUAUCCACCAACCCAUGUACAAAAUUUAGAAAGCAAAACCAUCAUUUUAAACAGUGAUGAAAGCUUUUUUAGAGCACUUAUUGAAAUUGAAUGUGCAUUACAUUUACCAAAAGUAGAGAAACUUAAUGAGAGUAUAGAACCAACUACUUACGUGACUUUUCAAACUACUCAGACUGAUUCUACGAAUCAAUUACAAUCGUAUAUGAUAACAAAUGUUUAUCCACAUAGUUGUAAUCCAAGAUGGGAAUGGAAAUGUGAUACAAAACUAUCAACAGAAUUACUAACACAUGAUGAAAAACGACUGAUUUUAAAAGUUUGGCGUUUAUUUAAUCCAGAUAUAAGUACAGAUAUUGACAUGGAAAGAGAUAUAGUAAUUGGAUUUUCUGCUAUUGAUGUGUCUGUAUUAACUACUGGUUUUCCAUCUGUGUCAGGAUGGUUUCAUAUCAUGGAUUUUACAGGAAAAUGUAAUGGUCAAAUCAAGGUAGGAAUAACUCCUUUGGAUAAUAUGUCAGGUUUUGUAAAAUCAUCUACAUCAACGAGUACUACACAAAUACCAUUAUGUGCUUCAUCACGAUCAAACGAAUCUUCAUUAUGCAGUCAUAAUGUAUUUUUAAGUAACAUAGAAUCGAGUAAUAUCCAACAACCUCCACUAACAACUACAUAUAAUACAAUGGGUAGUUUUACUGAAUGUGAUAGUCACAUAGGUCAUCCCACAAUAGAUAUUACUCAAAGUUUUGAAGAUAUGUCCAUGUCUUUUCUUUCUUCAUCUUUAAAGCAAAAAUUGGCAGAGUUGGACGAAAUUACGAAACGUCUGCAAUCGCGUUUACAUGAUGUAACAAACACUGCUUUUGAAGAUUAUUUUGAAAAUGACUUUGACUUGAACGAAAUACAUAGUGACAAUGAAAAUAUUGAUAAUAAAAAUACAGAUUCUAUACUUCCUAUGGCUCAUAUAUCAGGUACACAUGAUACAUGGCAAAAUGCACCAAGUAAUCAUAAUAUACACAUGCAUAUAAAUAAUGAAUAUAAACAAUUAACCGAACGCAUGAAUGAUAAUUUAGUAACAAAUGUAAAUGUAUCCAAUAUCAGACCUACUUUGAAUUCUGCUUCACAGUCCAAUUUAUUGAGUAAUCAUUAUCAACAAGAAUGUCAUAUACAAAAUGAUAAUGCAUCAUACGACAAUGAGGCUUAUCCAUUAAGAGGAACAAAAGUACACAUAAAUCAUUUACUUGAUAAACUUUCUUUAGAACAUCCAGUGAAACCUUACAUAGCACCUGGUUCAUCAAUGAGAAAAAAUGUAAUUGAUUUAUUAACAACUGUUCAUAAAGAUAAUGCACAAAAUAAUAACAAAAAGAAUAAACAUGAACUUAUUAAGAAAUCUACAUCUGUACAAAUAGAAAACAGGGAUCAAAGUACUGAAACUUUAUCGAAUUGGAUGACUAAUAAUACUGUUGCUCCAACAAAUGCAAUUGCAACUCUUAACAAAACUUUACUUACAUCCCGCAAUAAAAUAUCAACGGUUAUACGAGAAGAGUUAGUUGCAGAAGAAAAUAAUGAUACAUUAAAAAAUGACGACGAGUUGACAAAUCUGCUCAUUACUUCUAAUGUUCGCCAUAUGGAUUUAGAUAACAUUUUCAAUCCACUUUUAUAUCAACAUUUAGUGCCAGAUCUUCAAGAAUCAAACAGUGUAUCACCAGAGACACAAGCGAUAGAACAAUUAGAUACUCGGUAUUCUAAAAGUUUUGGCACUGCCAUAAAUAAUGGAUUCAAUGAUAUGCAAGAUAAAGUAGAAACAAUAGUUUUAUCUCCAAAUAAAAAUAUCAAUGAAAAAGAUAAAGAUAAAAUUCCAGAAUCUGCUGGAAAUACAGAGAUCUUUAGACUUACACCCUCUGGUAUUUCAGAAAAUGUUGACGGUAAUAUUCAUGUAACUGUUAUUCAUAAUCCUAGUAAUAAUGAUUUGAUGGCAAGCAAUAGUACAGAAUCAACAACUACUAUCUCUCUCAGCAAAUCAUCAAUAAGACAAAGUGAAGCGGAAAUAGAUGAAAAUAGUUAUUAUAAUUCAUCUGAUAUAUCUGUUUCUGCUGCAUCAAGACAAGCGCCAGAUGGUGGAAAUCCUAUGGAAGACAGUUCGAAAAUAUUACCAAAAAAGCAAACAACUGAUACAUCAGAUUUAUCAUCAAGCAGUUAAAAUUGUAUAGAUGUACAAGAACAUGAAAUGAUUCAUUAGUAUUGAUCACGAAUUUUAAAUUUCUCAAAAAAUACUGCAUUUGCAAUUUACUACUUUGUAAUACUUUCUUUGUAACAAAAAAGUACAGGUGUGAAUACGCACUAUUAUAAUAAUACAAUUACAUUAUUAUUAAUCUCGAAUACUUGCCAAAUAUGAACAUGUAAGAGUAGGUAUAAGAUGACAUUUAAAAAUUGUCAAGAACGUCCUUUCUCUAUUGACUGAUUACCGUGUAUACGUAAUUAUAAUAUCAGACAAAAAUGUUAAAUACUAUCCAUAUUCUAUCAUUGGAAAUAUAUCUAUUAUAUUAUUUGAAGUAUUUAUUAUAAGUAUUAUAAUUAUAUAUCAAUAUUUUUAUAUCAUCUUUGUGUAAAUAAGAUUGCAUAAUGUAUAAAUUGAUGAUUAUAUUAUAUGAAAUUUAUUAUACAUUAUAAACUAUAAAUUAGAUUAAAGAUCAUAGAUUAUAGAUUACAUUAUAUAAAGUUUAUUUAAAAGUGAAAUAAAAUAAGUCUACUU